CGGGGCCCGAAAGCCGGCUGCUUCACAAGCCGGCGAGCGUCUGACUCUGCGCGUCACGCGGCCGUGUGGAAGCCGGGACGAAGAUGGAGGAGUACGCGCGGGAGCCUUGCCCCUGGAGAAUAGUGGAUGAUUGUGGUGGUGCUUUCACAAUGGGGGCCAUCGGUGGAGGCAUCUUUCAAGCCAUCAAAGGAUUCAGAAAUUCCCCAGUGGGUGUAAAUUACCGGUUGCGGGGUAGUUUGACGGCUAUUAAAACCAGAGCACCACAGCUGGGAGGUAGCUUUGCUAUCUGGGGUGGUCUCUUCUCCAUGAUUGACUGUAGUAUGGUGAAAGCAAGAGGAAAAGAAGAUCCUUGGAAUUCUAUUACCAGUGGUGCCUUAACAGGAGCCAUUUUAGCUGCAAGAAAUGGACCAGUUGCCAUGGUUGGGUCUGCAGCUAUGGGAGGAAUUCUUCUAGCUUUAAUUGAAGGAGCAGGUAUCCUGUUAACAAGAUUUGCAUCUGCGCAGUUUCCAAAUGGUCCUCAGCUUUCUGAAGACCCAUCUCAGUUACAAGCCUCUCCCUUUGGAGACUAUAGGCAGUACCAAUGAUUUAUUCUGUUUCCUGUUGAACUUUAAAGUCAUUACCUUUAAAAGGACAAGCAAAAUGCAGCCUCACUUGAAGACUUUUCAUUGGAUGCGUACAUGUAGAUGUUACUGUAUUUUUCACAAUAUUUAAAAGAUUAUGAGUAGGAAUCUACCAUUGUAAAAUAGAUAUGAGAUGCCUGCAAACUCCAUAGUUAUUCCUUACCUUAAGGACCAAGCAACAUAUGGGUCUGUGGCCUUUUCAGUGUAAUGCAGAUUACAUCCAUGGGAUAUAACAACCAUGUAAUAAUAUCAGAACUACCUAAUGCAUUAGAAGAAUGUGUGCCAGCAACAGACAUCUGCAGUGAGAUUAUUUCCUUCCAGAUAAUCAGAGUGAAAGAUGCUAAGUAAAGGAGGAAUGUUUAAUUUCUUUUUAAUUUUCUUACAAUAUUAGUAUAACUCCCAGUAGUGAGAUUGCAAUAUUAAGGGAAAUCAUAACCGUUCUCUGUUGAAUAUUUAAAAGGAUGUAUUAUAUUAGCAGAAACUACUAUGGGAGUCCAUAAAUCUGUAUGGAUGGAUUUUCUUUGUGAAAUGUUUAAAGAUUCGAGAACUAUUCUUGGUGAGAAAUCUAUUUUUUUUCUUGAGCUUUUUUAAUCCUUGCAGAGUAAGUCUUAUAUGUUGUUCAUGUAACAAUGGAUGAAAUGUUUCUAAUCAGAUGAUGUAAUUUGCAUGUCUAAAGUCCCUUAUCCUAUCUGCAGAGCAACUCUCUUAUCCUCCAUAUCAGUCUUACCUGAAGCUUGUGUAUUUUCAGCAUUUGUCUGUUUUAAAUUGGCUUACUAAUUUUUCCCAUGCAAUUAUGCAAAGAAUAUAAAUGUAUUAUCUGUUUUAAAACCAAACAUGAAAAUGAAGAAUUGCUUUACCAAGACAAAAAGCUGUAUAAACUUAUUAAAUAGUUGAAAUAAAAAAGAAUAUAGUUAGGGGUGUGCAGUGCUCUACAUCUGAAGGAAAAAACACAUUUCUGAAUGCCUGGGGGUAUUCAUAGAGCACCUGUUGGCAACUUGUUAAAGCAGCCACAUCUUCCUGGGAUUGCAUGGCUGCUCUCCAUAAUGGUAGCAUGAUCUUAAGAAAAGACUUAUUUGGUUCUGGAGUUGCUAAGUGCAUACCCAAAUGCACUUCAAAACACCUUUCCUCCUACUAAUCCAAAACACCAAAGAGCUCUAUUAUAGAUCUUAUUUGUGUGAUACUAGUUGCAAAAAACUGGCAACACAGUCUAUUUGCAAAGCUAAAAUUAAAUUACUCCCCUCCAAUGACACCUUUGUCCCAUUGUUCCAUUUUAAAAUGCAGGUUCUGUAAGGAUUCACACAUGUAUCAGCUUUCUGUCCUUUCUGCAUUGUCUUGAGGUACUGAACUCUGGCUGGGCUGCACCACUUCAGAUCAUUUAUCUUUGUUAAAUGCUUAUCUUAAUAGAGAAAACAGAGCUUAAACUUAUUUUCCAUACGGAACAGUUUUCAACCAUGGGAGUUCCUAUCUGUAGUCUAAAGUAGUACAGCCCAGGGUCUUUAUCAUUUUAAGUAAGAACUGAAUUUGCUGUCUUGCAUGGACAAUUUAUAUAUCAAUAGCACAAUGGGAUUCAAUAAUAUCGAAGAUUUAAGGUUUUUGGAUGAACUAUUUAUUCUAACUAGUUAGCUCCAAUAAAUUCACAAUUACCAAAUUAUGACAUUAUUUGUGGGUUUUUUGUGUUUUAUCUCUGCAAAUUUCUACUUAAGUUGAGCCACAGUUGAAAUACAUGAUAGGGGAGAAUGAACAACCCUGGAGUAUGUUUGAGGUACGGUACAAUUGUCAUAAUAUAGACAUAGGGUAGACAGCCUUUUAUACUUGCAAGACCAUAUACAGUACUGUAU